AUGUCGCCGUCACCAACCCAGGACGAGCACAGGAGGGACUGCGCCAGGGUGUCCAAUCCAGGGAUUUGCCCUUCUACGGGCCAGCGCUUGCAGCCAGCUUGCAGGAGCUUUCUCCAAACUUUCUACCCAUCUUUUGAUACCUGGCAUUGGAGACGUACGGCUUCUUACUGGAUUGCAAUUUCCUUCGCGGAGGGAUCGCUUCUCUUUACACUUGGAAGCUGGUUCGGUUAUGCCGGUGACUGUGGCUGGCACGUGAGCGUGGACCAUCGCGUUAAUGCAUCAAUCAUAAAGGCCUUGAGCAUCUGGCCAUCGCUCUUUGGCUCUGUCUUCUUCAGCUUUGGUGCGUAUCUCAUGUGCCUGGAGUCGAUGAAUGUGAUGCGCGCUGCGCCAGAGUGGGACUUUGGCUUGUUCAACUUUCGCUCCAUCAUGGCGUAUUUGGACAGUUGCAAUGCUGUGAACAAAGAAAUCACACGAACUCCAUACUUCGCAUCAUUCUCUUACUUCGUUGGCACCUCGAUCUACCCAAUCGCUUUGGUGACAAAUUUGUGGGAGCAUAUCAGUUCCGAUGUCAAUCUGAUAUUCUGCACUAUACCCUACACACUAGGAGGUAUUUGCUUCUUGGCUGGGGGUGUGCUGGAGUGUGUCGAAAACGAGGUGUUUACCAGAGCAGGCAUCAAAGCUGGAAUAACUAUUCCGAAGUGUGCGGCGGCGAUGAACUUUCUGGGCGGUGUCCUCUUUGCCCUUGGCGGCGCAAUCUUGUUUUGGCCCGACAGCAGUCGCGAAAGCAAUCUGCUUUUCACCAUCGGCUCGGUUUUCUACACGAUUGGGGCCAGCCUCAGCGUGAUAUUGUGGAAGGAUGAGCAGUUUGGCCUGGCAUACCUCGCGGCCUUGAAUCACAUCAGUGGUCAGGCAAGAGGGGUGUCAUUUAUGGCUGCCAACAGCCCCAGAGAAUCGCGGGCUUUUUCAGUGCGUGGAAUUGUAUUUAUCCAUCUUUACUGCAUGGUCUCCGUGGUGGCUGUGAUGAAUUUCUGUCUUGCCCUUAACCACUUCAUCGCAAUGCCAAACCUCUUCACAUUGACGCGAGCUGGCAAUGAAUUCCUGCCAUUUCUUCUGCUGCAUUUGGUUUUGCUCCUUCACUCCGCCGUUGUGAAGACCCCGCGGACACAGCCGUUUCAUGCGUCUUGGCACGGACGCUGCGUUGCUUUUGUAUUGAGUUGUGUGAGGGGAAGUGGUUCGCUGUCGAUGUGCAUAGCACGGGUUUGGGGUUUUGGCCGGUUUCAGUUUACUUCGACAUCCCGUUGA